AUGUGGUUCAUACUUAAGCUUCAAUGCGUAUCGUUAUUGUACAUAACUACCAUGUCUACGACAAAAUGAUAUCUAAUUUUGUGCUUUAAAGUUUUCUUUGUCGCAAAAGCAGAUUGAUCACUGGAUUGUCAUAAUUUAUUUCUACCUAUUAUUUAAUUGGUCAGAGAGUAUUUACGUGAGAGCGCAAUGUGUGUUCAUCUGACAUACUUUACAUAUAAUGUGAUUCAAAUUGCGGUUGUUAGUCAGCCUGCAAAUGACUUGUCCAUCACUCAGAUUCUCAGUGGUUAGAGCGUCUGACUGGUAUCCGGAAGACUGGGGGUUCAAUUCCCAUCUGGAACUCAGAAAUUGUUUCUAAGUUCUUUUCACCAUAGUUCUAGUUAUUAUGGAUUGAAUUACGCAUUUGUUUUUCAGUUCAUGUUCUUUGGCUAUUUUUUUUAAAAUAAAAUUAUAUAAGAGAGUAAAUAUGAAUGACGAGUAAGAAGCAGCGAAAGGUUGUUCUCCGGAAUUUGGAAAUGUUGUGUUUGGAGGAGAGGGGAAAACUUUUGAUCGCCCCCAGAACUCAACCCUCAUAUGGUAUCACAUUCGUGAUUUGAAGCUGAGCCAUACCGUUGGUUUGGCAAGCCCGCAAUGAUGCGCCACCCUAGCGCACCCCUGUAACAAGGGUGAGCAAGGGUGGAGUAUGUAUGAUAAAACAAUAAUUGUAACACUUACAUGUACCUCAACCUUUAUUAUUUCUUCCAAUUCUUUGUUUAUUACUUAUUUAUAUUGUUUUCGGAAAAUUGGUGGUCAGAAGCAGAAGCGGUAAUAAAUAACCAAUCACAACGCUUAUUCUCAGUUGUUGCGAUUGGUUGGUUUAGUCCUUGCUUUUCUGAUGAUAGGAAGCUUAAGCAAUGACAACCAUGACGGCAUUGAAAACGUGGGAAGAAAAAUGAAUUUGCAUCCAUUCAAACUUAUCUCGUGUAUUUGUACCCGCCCAUAUUGUCAAAUGUAGGCCUGCGAUUUCUCCUGGAGUUGAAUUCUUAAGAACAUUAUCCAGGUUCAAAAAGGGGAAGAAAAAUUUGUCGUCGUACGUUCACUUCCUCCAUAAAACGUCGCAUUACGAGGUUUCACAUCGUUGUACAGUGAACGUCAAAGAAAUUUACUGAAAAUCGUGAUACACAUGCAGAGCUGUUGUUUUGUUUCACGGUUUUCUCCACAUUUGACUGGGACCAGCAAGCAAAAAGUCGUUAUGCCAGAUAGAAAGAGCGCCUUAAAAUUUGUAAAGAUGCCAAGUCUGAUCAUGAUCAGCUGCGCAAAGUCGCCGAAUUUUACUGGCGCUUGUACAGUGGGAGGCACGUUCGUGCCCCCCAACCAUACAAACUUCUAUUAAAUUUCGCGACUAUGUGGAGCAGUAUCUUCGCUUACUUUAACGUAUCACCUUUAAAUUUGUUAAUUUUGCCAAUUUUAAGGCGUUUUUUUUUUUCAGCAGUCGCAAUGGAUAUCCGCUAACUGGUCUUUAUUAAAACUUGAAAUAAAAAAGUCAGGGGAGGGUCUAUUUGUUGUUGGUGCUGUUUUCGUCGUCGUGGUCGUCGUGGUUGGUUAAGCUCCAAAGUGACUCGAACUCCGAUUCUGCCGCUAAUUAAAAACCAGGCUUAGAUUUUAGUACAUCUCUGUGAUUUUGUUGACAGAAAUGGGUUGAUGGCGGAUUGAGUGAUAAUUUACCACGACUCCAGUUUGGCCGAACUAUUCGUAUUUCUCCAUUCAGCGGUAAAGACAACGAUAUCUGCCCUCAGGACGAGUCACAGGGUUUUACUGAUAUCACUUUCCAUAAUAUGAAUAUUUAUGUGAACAGAGAAAAUCUCCAGAGAGAACUGCAAAUAUUUGUCCCCCCUCGAAAGGAAGGCAUAGAGAGUAUAGUGCAAUUAGGCUAUGACGACACACUUCGAUUUUUACAAGAAGAGAAUUUAUGUAAUUACCCCGUUAUCACCCGAUCCUCUGCUUUGCCCAUAGAAAGUCGUCGAGAUUAGUGGUGCGUUUGAUUUGCAAGGAAAAACUGGAAACAAUGGUCAGGAAAUGAGGUGGUUCACUCUCUUUUGUUUGGACAGGGUCUUAAAGUUUGGGCUUCCAUUUAAGGUGAUACAGUUUUCCUACUUUUUUCUGGUCUCUUCGCCUCUCUUUGGUCAAAUUUUGGAACUGGUCCAUUCCUUCCAACGACUCCCCAACCCAACCUCUCCCCAACGUUCAGUUAAAUAGGUGAAUGUUUAUGCAUGAAACUUUUAAACUAAAGCUUUUUGUAAUGGUAAGCACCUAGGUAUUAGUGUAUGUUGAACUAAAAGGCGCACCUCUCAGCGCGGUAAUCAGUUAUAUAAGCAGGCGGAUAUUCUAGUUUUGAGGACUCUUGAGAAGCACGAGUUGUAAGCUGGCGAGUCUCGCACUUCUUGAGUGUUCUUAAUAUAUAUGAUAUAAAAAUGUACUGGUCAUAGUAAAAGGUAAAAAUGUGUCACUAGCUGCAGUGGUUAUUAAAUACUGACUCGGUGAACGUGUAUAGUACAGGUAUUGCGUCCAGUGUUUCCUUAGACAGUAAUGGGGACAUAACGAGACUGUUUUGAGGUUUGGGGGACCCAGCUUCCCGCGCAUCCUCGCUAUGGCCAUUAAGGACCCUAAGGUCCGAUUACGACGACGACAAGGAUCGCAAAAUGUCAAAAAAGCAAUAGGUUUGAUAAGCUAAACAACAACUUUACACUUGCAGCACAUUUUGUACAUUUCUUUGCCGUCACUGCACGACUAGAACAUGACGUGAAAUGUGUAAAUUUUCUUUCUCUUUCUGAAUUUGGAUGUGGGGUUUUGGUUCUUAGGAAUUCAACUCCAGGACAGUUUGCCUACUUUUGGCAAGGUAGGUGAGUUGAAAUUAUCGCGAUGAAGGUUGAAAGGAUAAUAAUAAUAAUAGGUGAUGAUGAUGAUGAUGAUGAUAUUAGCAAAUGAAUAAGGUAGAAUCAAAAUCGAAAUAGCUAAUAACGCUUUACUUAAAAACGUAUAAGAAAUAAAAGUAAAGCAAUAUAAAAUCACAGAAAAAAAUCUAGUUAAAAAUUUUGAAAACGAAAGAAUUCAUGACUGUAAAACUUGCUUAAAAGGUGCCUUUUAAAAAAGAUUUAAAAGCGUCUAUCCAUUUUGCUUGUCUUAUGUGAUCCAUUAAAGAGUUCCACAGCGUGAGGAUCAUCGUGCACAGCUCUCCAAUCCAUAUUGCGGGAUGGUCAAUAGAAUAAUUCUUGACUUCAGUCUUUAACCCUUUGCUGGGUCGUAAACUAUUAGGGCGUCUAGUAAAUAAGGAGGUGUUAAUUUACCUAACUGUUUGAAUGUUUCUGCCUGUUUGAAAACUGGAAUUGGUUUGAACUGUCGGUGCCAUUUUUUCUUCAACAUGAUUGUACCCGCGCGCAAAGCAUUAUCAACGAAACAGGAGCUCGUUGUUUCAAGAAAAACUCAAGGAAAGUGGCGGACUUUAUAACUUAUUCUUUUAUACUUCCUUGCCCAUUUUUCCGCGUAAUAGUAAAAAAAAUCACACUAAAGGAAGCAAAAACUGGCAAACACUUUUGACCACAAUGGAUUCCUAACCGCUCUCAGCUAAAAAUAGUUUUCCUGUACUAUUAUGGUAACUUUGAGCAAGACCAGGCACCUCUCAGAGAUUUCCUUCGACAAAAACGUAUCCCUUUCAAAAUAUCAAGAAGCACACAAUCGUGGUGACACUGGUCUCCUCCCAUGAGGCUGUGAAUUAUUGAUUCCAAUAAAAACAUUUUUUCUCACCUAUGAUAAGGAAAGUAACUUUCUUUCAAACCCUAGUUUACCGGGAAAGAGUCCGAUCUUGCUCUUGCGGGUAUUGUUCUGAAAAAGGGCAGAUCUAUUCUUACCGCUGAAUGGAGUUUUUUUAGGUCUAGAAAAUCAAACCCUUUCGCCUUUCAAGUCCGAGGCGAGUGUGAAUUUGAAAAACAGUUUUUGGGUCGUUUGUAUUUUCAAAGGCUUUUGUGCUGUCUGAAAAAGUUACAGCAAUUUCAAGAAGCCGAUGCUGGACAAAAUUUGUUCCCCCUUGUCUGCCUGAAAGCUCAUCCAACUGGGCCAGGCUUUUACUCAGAUUAAUAGGAACGGGAAAUUUCGUAGAAAUAGGUUAAAUUAUGGGUAAACCAAGAAGACAGACCUACUAAAAAAGAAUAAGAUUCAGGGACCGCGGAGGGGGACGGGCUGGUAGGGCCGCGGCCCCACCACUUUUUUGCGCCCCCGCCCCCACUUUUUGCGCUAAAGGAAAAAUAAUUAAAUUUAAAAAAAAGACUUGAAACAAGUUUUUUCCGUCUAUAUUCCGCUAUAUUCUCUGUAUUUUCUUUAAUUUCAAACGCCAGGCAUUUUGAGGGGCUCCUGUGCUUUUCGCGGUAAUUGUGCCCUUGGGCCGACUUGCCCCUUGAUUUAACGCCAUGCCUUGGCCACCCCUUCGCUUCGUUCGGCAGCGUGUUUUGUACUUCCAGCUCCGGCAGAGUUUUUUUUAUCAGUUUUAUCAGACAAAUGAAGAAAAUUACUAGCUUUUUCAAGCCAAACGAAGGUGAGUAGUUGUUUUGAGUUGAUAAAAGUUUUAUAUUUUUUCUUUCUCCUUUCGAAUCAAUGAAAUAUUCGAUGGCAAGAAGAAUUACAUUACUUGAACAGUGAACGGCCAUAGUUAGAAAUUUUUCAGAUCACGUCAGUGUAGUAUUUUCUAUACUAAAAUUGUAAUCCCGUCUUUUCUUGCAUUGAAUCUGAACUGACCGUGUAUGUUGGUCGUUUAUUAGAGUUAUCUGGGACUUCGUCAAAGUCUGUAAGCUCUACAGAAAAGACGACAACUACUUGCAGUGAGAAUGAUAAGUUUGAGUUUGACCAGUAAACAUACAAAUACUAUGAUUUUAUUCCUUUUAUUCCUUUUUUCGAUUUUCAAUAUGAAAAAAAUAUUUUCAAUUGUCAGCCCUCCCACUUUUCACCUUGCUCCGCGGUCCCUGAGAUUAGAAAAUGGCCAUGUCAUCAGCAUGUAAUUUACAGGGUUCGUACAGGUCAUGGAAAACCUGGAAAGUCAUGGAAUUUAAGAAUUUCAUUUUCCAGGCCUGGAAAGUCAUGGAAUUUAAUUGUCGGUCCUUGAAAGUCAUGGACAAUGAAAGUUCUGUUUGGUAGUUUAGUUACUGCAGAUGACAAAGCAAGAACAAUGUAAGAUAGAGAGG